UUCUGGAAAAUUUGAUCCAACCUAUUGCAUCAGACUUACCAUCUAAAGCUGUGAACGAGGAUACCAAAAUAUGUAAGCGGACUAGAACACUGGAAAAGAAAAGUACAAUUCAAACUCUAGUACGAUGUCCUAGUGUAAUAAAAUUUGGAAAAUUUGAAGUGGAGACAUGUUAUUCAUGUCCAUUCCCACAAGAGGAAGAUGCUGCGAGAUUAAUAUUUUGUGAAUUUUGUUUAAAAUACACUAAAUGUCAAUCGAUUUUGGACAGACAUAUGCGACACUGUAAUUGGAGAACACCACCGGGUACAGAAAUUUACCAAAGUGGAGAUUUAAGCGUUUUUGAAAUUGAUGGAAAAGUAGACAAAACAUAUUGCCAAACACUAUGUCGAUUGGCCAAAUUAUUUUUGAACCUAAAGACUUUGGACUAUGGCGUUGAACCGUUCUUAUUUUACAUUGUGACGAAAAACGACGGUUUUGGCUGUCAUUUGGUUGGUUAUUUUUCAAAACUAAAGGAAAAUGAAGAAAAUUUUAAUGUAGCUUGUAUCGUUAUCAUGCCACAGUACCGAAGACAAGGUUAUGGACGAAUUCUCAUAGAAUUCAGUUAUCUUCUAUCUAGAAUUGAAAGACAGCCGGGAACUCCAGAAACACCACUUUCCGGCUUGGGUAAAAUUACAUACGAUGCGUACUGGAAAGGUGUGAUUCUGGAAUAUUUACAUAAACACAGAGACGUUGACAAAAUAUACAUUAAUGAUGUUAGCAGUGAAACUGGAUUAAUGAGACAAGAUAUCAUUGACACUUUCCAAUCUCUACACAUGGUUGUGGAAAUCUAUAAGGAAAUAACCAUAUGCAUAGAUUGGAAUGUUGUAGAUCGUCACAUACAGAAAAAAAAUGAAUCAAAACAAGUUCAUAUUGAUCCAGAUCGAUUGAAGUGGACACCAUCAAAUUUAUCGGAUGGCCAAGAUAACCGACCUCUGGAAGAACCGAUUUUCAUCAAGUGCAUUCCAGGUGGCUAA